AUGCCUACUGAACAAGCCCGAGUCCACCCGCUGGUGCAGAUGCUUAUCGACCUCACUGCAGGGGCAGCAGGUGAGCCUGAAGGAUGGAGAGCUGCUGGGAGGAUGGGUCAAGAAGCCUCCCUUUAGAGGGGAGACCAAGGAUCAAUGGCAGGUGUAGGGAAGAAUGGAACUCUUAACCUAGGAGGGGCAGCUCCAAGCCUCUCUGACUGACCCAUGGGACUUUCCCCAUACCACAAUCCCCACCCCCAGCCAUUCCCCUAACCAGCCCUGCUUUGCCCCUGUCUUAAGUGCUUCUGUCUGGUUGGAAUGUGUCAUUGACCGUGCCUUUUGCUUGCCUGGGUGGAAGAUAGAGAGGCGGGUGGGUGGGUGUGCAGAAAUAAGCCUACUGUACAAAGGCAAAGCUUGCCUUGGUUGGUCCAUCCACUUUUGCCUCUGGCCCCGCCCACCACUUGAAUGUGGCCUUGUCCAAAAGGUAAUGGCAGUCCUUAACUGGAAAGUGUUUCCCACCCCUCCCUUAAAACUGAGCAAGCACUGGAGGCAAUGCCUGUUCAGGAAAGCAAGCAAGAUUCAGAGAAGAGCCAUGGGAUCUUGGUGGAUCUUGGAUGUGAUGGGGGUGUGCAUACGAGUAUAUGGAGAUCUGCAUGGUCUUUUAUUGUAGUGUUAUAUAGGUCUACAUCUGGCAGGCCCUGUGCCAAGUCUGGCUUCUAGUUGUCUGCUCUGAAGGGAAAGAGAUGUGUAGAACUGGCAACAGCAUAAGGUAGAUUUUGUCAACCUGGUGCCCUCCAAAUGCUUUGGAUUGUGAAUGGUCUGAUGGGAGUUGUAGUCCAAAACAUCUGGUGAAAGCCGACUUAUGACAACUGGGCUUGCUGGCAGGUACCUGCUGCUACCCUACAGGGUCUUGCUGUCAAAUCUGUUUUCUGGCUAAGACUGAGCGAAGAGAUUUCUGCACAUCCACUUUCCUCAGCUCAGAAAUACAGUUUCAGAAUCACGUAAACAUUAAAACAGGUUUAACAAUACAAUAUCCCAUUAUGUAUGCUGCCCAAACAUCCAAGAAAACAAAAAAAGGUAUUUCUGAGGCAAAAAUGCAGAUAAGGCUGGUGCCAGGCAAGCUUUCCUGGAGAGAGUAUAUAUAAAUUGGGAUCUACUGCAUACAAAGCCUGUUACCACCACCACCCUCUGAACUUCCCUCCCAGGUGGUGUAGAGAGACAGGUCUCAUGAUCUCAGGAUAAUCUCUGUUCUUCUACUUCUCCGUGCAAGACAUCCUUAAAACAUCACAAACAUCACAAAAUGUAUCCAAGAAAAUAAAGGUCUUGGUCAGGUCUGCUCUGAAGUCUUAUCUUUCGUACGGUACAUCAUGUACUUCUGCUGGUUUUAACGUUCAAACUGUAAUUUUGUUUUCCUUGUCACACUUUCUGAAUCUGUCUUUGGGAUCACGUUGGUGGUGAAAAGUUGUUUGUAGGUUUUAUAAAUAAAUACAGGUGAAGACAAGCAGAGAUGAAUUAGAAAUGCCAAGCCUUUGACAGAUAAUGUUCCAAGUCAGCAAAGAAAUAGCCAGAUGAAAUAAAUGGGCAUUAAGUGCUCUGGGCAAAGCAAGCAGCAAUGGUGAAGGCAAAGGUGCCUUGAGAAGGCAUUCCACAGUCUGGGUGCCAUCACAUAAAAGACUCCACUUCUCAUGGCUGGCCAGCCAAUAAACACAAGGCAGACAACAAGGAAAGGCAGGAGGAAGAAUGGAGGCAAGAUUGCUGUAGCUUUAGCUUCAUUGCUGUUCUUUUAUUGUCAGUUGCUUGUUACUUGGAGGUCUCCGUGCAACUUACAACGCAUGUAACACACAAACAUAAAUGCAUUAUACCAUAAAAACAGACCAAAACAAACCCCAAACUAGCCACAGGAAGUUUAGCAGCACGCUAGGAAGUAGAAAAGCAGCAUAAUCUUAGUUAGGGAAAAUAUAUAGGUCGUCCUGGCACUGAAGAGUUGCCAACAAAGGCUAUGGGGACAUGGGACUUGAGAUGUUGGAUCUGAAUGCUCUGACAAGUUUAUAUGGGUGAGGCCCCCUAAUAUGUCCCAUUUCUAUCAUAGCAGCUUAGAGCAGAAGCAGGCCUUAUAGAACAGGGAUAGUGUGUGAGUGCUGCUCCUUUAAUGCUCAUCCCUUGACAUGUUUCAUGGGUACGUUUUGGCAAAGCAGGCACUGCAGUACAGUUGGUUUGAUCUGCCCUGCUUUUCAGGAGCAAGUGAGUGACCUUGCCUGGGGUGGGGUGGCUCUUUGCAGGUGGUGUGGCAUGCGUGGUGACCGGGCAGCCUUUUGACACCAUCAAGGUGAAGAUGCAGACCUUCCCAACAAUGUACCAGGGCUUCUUUGACUGCUCAGUCAAGACCUACCAGCAGGAGGGCAUGCACGGGCUCUACCAAGGCACCACUCCAGCCUUGCUGGCCAACGUUGCGGAGAACGCUGUGCUUUUUGCCUGCUACGGGUUCUGCCAGCAGCUCGUGAGGCAGCUCUUUGGGUUGGGCAAUGUCCAGGAGCUCAGGUACAGUCUUUUUCUCUUCCCUUCUCUUCUGCCAGAGGCUCCUCCUCCUCAGACUCAGUUUUGGCCUUGUUAGAAGGCAGGGAGGUGGAUGGGGGUAAAGCUGGAAUUAGUUGGCUCUGCCUGUCCUCAGCUCUGGCUCCCCAUUGUCUGCCCUACGAGUCCCAAUGGACACCAGCCACCACACUGGACACCCAGGGUGAGUCAUAGCUUCAGGACUGUGGGCCCCAACUCUAUGGAAAUCCCCUCUGGAGAAAGUUAGAUAGGAACAGUCCCUUCUGAGUUUCAGGCACCUGGUCAGAACUGUUUGAUUUGAGGAGGUAUUGUGCCCUGGAUGCCUCUCAGAUGUUUUGCUUUUUCUUUUAUGUUUUAAAUCCUUGAGGUUUUAAAUUCUGCAGCUUUAGUUUGUCUUUUAAAUAUUUGACAUAGCAUAGGUCUCACAGUAGCUUGCAACAUAGGUGUAAAGAUGGGUUUCAAUAAAUAAAUAAAUAAAUAAAUAAAUAAAUAAAUAAAAUGCAAAGGGAGGAUUGGGUGGGAGGCUGCUCAGGAUAGGAUCCUUUUGCUCAGAAUUCCUCAGCCUGGUCAGACUUCCCAAUCAGAGUUGCAGCCCAAAACCUCUGGAGGACACCAGGUUUGAGUGGGCUGGUUGACUUAAUCAGCUCAUUUCUGCUGGCGAAAGGCAAACAAAUACAUAGUGUAUGGGAGGAUGGAAGGUUGCUCCCUAGCUGUGGGAUUCCCCCCACCCGCCCUCUGGUCUUCGCUUUCCUCUGAGGAUUCUUCUCUCGGGUUAUUACAGUGAUUUGCACAGCGCGAUUGCCGGCUCCUUCUCAUCAGUCUUCUCCUCCAUGGUUCUGUGCCCCACAGAGCUGGUGAAGUGCCGGAUGCAAGCUCUCCAUGAGAUGAAGGUCACAGGGCAGACAGCUCUGUCGAGGCACAGGUACUCGGAGGUAGACUGCCUCGCAACAUGGAGGCUCUAUUUCGUUAUCCAGGCUAAUGGGUGCCGAGGCGUCUCUCCCAUGUGAAUUUAAUCCUUUGAGAGGGGAAGCCAUUUAAGGCCCCCUCUGCAUUACACAUUCAAAGCAGUAUUGUACCACUAUAAACAAUCAUGCCUUCCCCCCCACCAAAAAAUAAUAAUUCAUGGGAAUUGUCAUUAGAAUUGUUGGCUGGAACACUUGGAAGGUCCCAGAUUGGGAAAGGAUACCUGAUGUUAAUUAUGUACAGUGGUAACUCGCAAGACGAAUGCCUCGCAAGACGGAAAACUCGCUAGACGAAAGGGUUUUUGGUUUUUUGAGUUGCUUCGCAAGACGAUUUUCCCAAGGGCUUGCUUCGCAAGACGGAAACGUCUUGCAAGUUUGUUCCCUUUUUCUUAAAACCGUUAAUACAGUUGCGACUUGACUUCAAGGAGCAACUCAUAGAACGCGGUGUGGUAGCCUUUUUUGAGGUUUUUAAAGACUUUGGUGAUUUUUGAAGCUUUUCCAAAACUUUCCCGACACCGUGCUUCGCAAGACGAAAAAAAUUGCAAGACGAAAAAACUCGCAGAACGAAUUAAUUUCGUCUUGCGAGGCACCACUGUAUUGAGAAAGAGAGAGAGGCUUCCUUGGCUUCUCUGUCUGGUCCUCUGAAUUCUCCAUAGGCCACACCUCCUUCCUAGGUCACACCCCUCCCAGAUUUUUCGCCUGGCUGCAAUGUGUUCUUGAACUCCAAGAAUGCCUCCUGCUUGCCUGAGUGGAGACUGCACUCUUGCAUGCCACCCCAGUCUCCACAGCAGUGUGAGAUUCCAGGGGCUCUGAGCACUCACCCAGGAUUUCCUUUUGAGGCACAGCAAAGACUGGGUGUCUUUAAGAUAUAUGGUUUAUUCACACAUAUAUGCAACCUGAGCCUAUGAUGGAGGGGCUCGCAGCAUUAACACCCCAAGAGGUUCUUGUGUCUCCCAUAGCUGCAGCCAGUGCUUUUUUUCUAAAAAAAUGUUUAGGGGUACUCUCAUUUUGACUCAAGAAAAUCACCAUUUUAUAGUUCAAAUUGGGAAGAAUAUAUACAGUAAAUGGACAAAAGUACAAAGAUUCACAAAAUGUUUAGGGGUAUGCGUACCCCUGCGUACCCCCAGGAAAAAAGCACUGGCUGCAGCCUUGGAUUCAAACAGAAAUCAGCCAUGGGCCUCUGAACCUCUGCUUGCUGCUUUCCCCCAGCUUCUAGCUCACAUCACAGUCAACCAAAAACACGUGCCUUUUGGCUUUCUAACUAACAGUUGAGGGAGGAGCUCCUUCCAUUUCCCCCUCUCCUUGGCUUUCCUAAUGGCUCAUAACCUUCCUUUUGUUUUCUUAGUGGUUCAUCUCCCAGGCAAUUACCUCAUACAGAAGCUGGCCUGACUUAUAGUUUAACUCAGAGCUUGCCAAACUGUGUGUCAUGAUACAUUAGCAUGUUGGCUGCAGCGUGUAGAUGUGUUGUGAGAAUGCUCCCUGCGCUCCUCCUGGGGCUGGAAAGGGGUUAGUUUAACCUCCAGUUUGCUAGUAAAACUGAAUUACUGUGUCGUGAAGCAAUGCAUUUCCCAACAGGAAAAAUUUGGAAAGCUCUGGUUUAACUUUUGCUGAAUCCAGGGAUUCAGUGUCUGGCACUCACUAACUCAUCACACAGGGGAGUCUUCCACUCACAAAUUCCCAUAAACAGUGUGUCUGGAAGCCUCUGGCUUUUGCAAGAUUGGCCUGUUGCCUCCUGUACAAAGAUGAAUGUCAAAUCUGUUGUCCCAGCUACCCAGGCAUGCAGUCCCAGAAACGCUGCCCAUUGGGAAACGAGGCCCUCAAUCUACCCCUAAUAUGGAUUCUCUGUGCUCUCCAUGUGUCAUGGGACUUUCUUCUCUCCCCUCUUAUAGUUCCACCUGGACUGUGGUGAAAGCCAUCUUCCAUUCAGAAGGCCCCCUGGGUUUCUUCCAGGGUCUGACCAGCACAUGGCUACGGGAGGUGCCUGGCUAUUUCUUCUUCUUUGGGGGUUAUGAAGUCAGCCGAAGCUUCUUCCUCCAGGCUGGACAAUCAAAGGAGGAGCUGGGUAAGCAAAGCCUGGGAGCAGGGGGAUUUCCCUACAGGGGUCCUCAGCUUUGCCCAGUAAGCCAGAAUGGGAAAAAAGAAAUGAGCUGAAAGAUGUCGGAGGCAGCAGCCUUUCCAGGGUUGUGCUUUUUGCAGGGGUAUUCUACAAUGUGCUAUUGAUGCAAUGAUAGCACAUUAGUGGUGAACUAACGACAGAUCAUUCUGCUUUAUUAGUUGCUCUGCAAUGCUACCCCAAUGUUGCUGCAUUAUUGCUUUCUGGACAGAAACCUUUGCCCUGCAGGGCAAGAAAAAGUUUACAAGAUUCCAGCAGAAAGUUACAAAACAGGCACUGAUUUGGAAAUGAAGCAGUAUAUCCAUUCCAACAUAUUUUGCAGCUGCAAACAGUAUAUGGAAAGCAAGACAGCAGAUAACUGCCUAAAUACCACUAUGAACUCAAAUCUUCCUGAAUGGACAAUACAAAGGGCACCUGGAGGAGGGGUCCCUUCUUGGGGGAGAUCAAGUCAAUAGCAAGGGUUCAGUUUAGUCCUAUUUGGGUAGUCAGCAGAACUUGCUCUUGGGCAAGGGAGGUCCUGAGAAGCCCCAAUGUAAAUACUCUGGCAGAGAAAAGAUAUAUUUGCUUAGAAUGAUCUUUUUCUUGGAUGCUUCUGUCUGUGGUGGCAUGCCUCAGUUUGCCUUUCAGAGGUGCCCUGAAGAGGGAUUCCAUUAGAAUUGGCUUUCUUGCUCUCACGCCUGUGCCAGCUGCUCUGCCUGCCUGCCUGUCUGCCAGGAAUGCAGGAAGGGGAUUCUGGAAGAGUGCAACUCUCCAGCAGGUGCCAGACCCAAGCAGAAUCUUGCAUGUCCUAGAAUGUGCUGAUGAUUCAUCUGGGGAAUGCCAGCCCCUUCCUUCUGGGGAGCUCUGACACAGUGAUUGUGGUGGAAGGGUUCUGAUCCAAAGAGGACAGCAGCUGCCUGCUUCCGUGCCAGCCUCCUCACCAUUCAUUUUUGUUUGCUUAUUUCAAAAAUGCAUAAACGGCUUGCUCAAAGAAAGUAUCCAAGCAGCCUGCAGUCUGACUUUAUAUAUAAAGCAUGAUUAGGAUGUGCAAAGCAAUUAAAAACAGAUAUGCAUAAAACCGUUUAUGAAGGAUGAAAUCAAUGAAACAUCUGAAAUGGCUGUAACUAAUUCACGUGUCUGGAUAGAUUUGUUGAAUACAGAAAAGUUUUCAGCAGGUGUUUAAAAGAAUAUUGUGGAUGUACCUGUCUAAUGUGGGUAGGCAGGAAGCUUGCUGUUCCAAAUUCCUUUUAUUAGUCAUCACUUGGCCACUACCGAGGCUACGAAGUUUGCCUGACCCAUGAAACAUCAUCAUCAUCAUCACCAUCAUUAUUAGGCUUCCAGCACAUAUAAAAACAUAAUAAAAUGUCAAACAUUAAAAACUUCCUGAUACAGAGCUGCCUUCAGAUUAUUGCCCAUCUAGCCCAGUGUUAUCAUCCUCUGGGCUAGGGAGUACCUGCAGCCCUCAUGAAAUUGUUGGACUCCAACACUCAUCAGCCCCAGCCAGCAUGGCCAAUGGUUAGGUUGAUGGGAACUGGAGUCCAGCUAGAUUCACAAGUUCCCCACCUCUGCUUCAGCAAUUCAUGGCCCUUAGGGCAGCCUUUUCCAACCUGGUGCCCUGCAACCAUAUUGUACUCCCGACUCCCAUCAUUGCAAAGUCCCUUUAUUAUAGUUAACCAAAAAUGUCACAAAAUAACGAGUCCAUCAGAACUCUUUAUCAGGAUGGAUGCUAAGCAAAGUGGUGUGUAAUAGCCCAAAAUCAUUUUUACCAUAUAGUCUUAGAAGGCAAUGCUAAUAGGAGUGUCUGUACUUCAGAAUUUACCACCACUCUGCUCUGUUGGAGAGUCUGCUAUUGUGUAAACCCAUCUUAAGCUUUCUGAAAUGUUCCAGAAGUGGGUCUUGCCUAGAUGCACUUGACCAUAAUCUGCUUGAGCAACAACGGUGACCGUUAAGCUACACCUACUUUUUGCAGGUGCUCUCCCUGUGACUGUGAGUGGCGGAAUUGGUGGUGCUGCUUUCUGGCUGGCUGUCUAUCCCAUUGAUUCAGUAAAAUCACGGAUCCAGGUGUUGUCCAUGGCUGGGCGGCAAGAUGGUUUCCUGCUUUCCUUCUUACACAUCCUACGUACAGAAGGCGAGUCCUUCCUAGACAUUUAUUUAUUUAAAACAUUUUUUUUUUAAAUUGUCCUUAAGCUGGCAAGGUUCCCAGAGUGGCUUACAAAGAUGAGUAGUCAGGCAUUCCCUGCCCUCGGGGCUACAAUGGAAAGGGCACAACACACAAGGAAAAAGGAGAGGAGGAGGAGGGCUUAGGGAAGAAGAAAAAAAGCAAACUCUGGGCAGCAGUUCUUAAAGGUACAGUUUGUCAAGCAACCAGCUGCAGUGGAAACAAUUCAGGCAGGCUGAUGGCAUGGCUGCUGCUAGGGAACUCUUAAAAAGGUAAAGGUAAAGGACCCCUGACAGUUAAGUCCCAUCAUGAACGACUCUGGGGCUGCGGUGCUCAUCUCACUUUACUGGCCGAGGGAGCCGACGUUUGUCCACAGACAGUUUUUCCGGCUCAUGUGGCCAGCAUGACUAAGCCGCUUCUGGCGAAACCAGAGCAGCACACGGAAACGCCAUUUACCUUCCUGCCAGAGCGGUACCUAUUUGUCUACUUUGCACUUUGACGUGCUUUCGAACUGCUAGGUUGGCAGGAGCAGGGACCGAACAACGGGGAUUUGAACCACUGACCUUCCGAUCAUCAAGCCCUAGGCUCAGUGGUUUAGACCACAGCGCCACCCAUGUCUUCUUAGGGACUCUUAGGGAGGGACAAAUGCAGCUGGUCUCUCAGCAGGGGCAAUGGAAUUGCCCUGCUUCUUUUCUCUCACUGCCUGAUGGAAUUCAAUGCCUCUGAAUGCCAGGUGGUUCUGAGGGACAAACUCUCUCUGUGUGCGUAGGAACAUGUGACCUAUGCCCUUCGGGGCUUCCCAGAGGCACUCAUUACCCACAGUGGGAGACAGAGCCUUUGCCUGAUCCAACAAGGCUCUUUCUUAAGUUCUCCUUACAUUUUAAUGAGAUAGGAGCUCCCUUGGUGAAGUGUUGUAGUAUACCUGCAGGCUUUCCCAAAGUUGGCUAAUGCUAGUUCGAGUGAGAGCAGUGGCAGGGACUUGGAUCCUCCAGCUGGGAUCUUUAUCUUCCCUGUGGGCAAAGGCACAGGGCUUCGCAAGCUCCAGCAACUAGCUAACUGUCAGGGCUUGCAGAGUCUGGUGCACAGGGGCUGUGUCUGAAAAACCCCUUUCAGCCAAGCCCAAUCGUUAUGUGCCUGACCUGUGGUUGGCCAAAAUAGCCUCACUGGAUAAACAGGGUGUCCUACAGGUGCCCAAUUAGGACCGUAUGUCAGAGGUUGCCCACUAGGCAUCAACAGACUGCCUUGUUGUUGCCUCUUUCUAUGGGUAUUGAUGAUCAGAGCAGGUGCUUUUAAUGCAGAAGGCCUCAGGUUCAAUCCCAGUCCUCCCUGCUGAAAUACAAGAGGCCCCAUCAGCAUUGGCAUUCUGCCGGUUCCCAAAGACAAAAUUGUUUAGGCAAGCAUUCUCCUGAACUUGAAUUUCUGGUUUUAUUGCUUUUAAUGGUUUUUAUCACACAUUUCUUAAUCGUUUGUUUUUCUUUUAUAUUUUAACUGAGGAAGUUUUAAUUCCCUAAUGGAUUUGUUCAUGUGUAUUUAAUUAUUUAUUGAUGUUUACAGUUGUAAACUACUUAGAAACCAUUUUGGCAUAUAAGAAGUAAUUAAUACAACAACAACAACAAUUUAAUAAUAAUAAGUGCUGAGAAAGACCCCUCUCAGUCUCAGCCCCAUGACAUCAGCUACCCUCCAAAGCAGACAAUAUUGGGAUAGAUUGACAAAUAGUGUGGCCUGGUAUAAGAUGGUUUUAUAUGUUCCUUUUUCUUGUAGGGUUUAUGCCUCUUUACUGUGGGCUGAUGCCCACGGUGAUCCGUGCCCUGCCAUCCAAUGGUGCCCUCUUCCUUGCCUAUGAACUGACUCAGAAAAAGCUGACCAGCCUAGCAGAGAGGACAACCUGA